CCGCACAGCCCUGGAUCUGGCCGUGCCCGUGCCCGUGCCCGCGCCCGCUCCGCCGCCCGCCGUCCUCCGCCGCCGCCGCCGCCCGCCGCCCCGCGGCACCGCCAUGAUUGUGGAGAGCAGCCGGGACGCGGCGCCCGAUGGCGGUGACGGCAGCGCCCUCAGCAGCCCCAUCAACCUCGCCUACUUCUACGGGGCCUCGCCCCACUCCAGCGAGGGCAGCUGCUCGCCGGCGCACUCCGCCCCGGGCUCUCCGGGCUCCGACUCGGACCUCUCGGUGAGCAGCCGCGGCGGCGGCCGGAGGGACCCCCGGGGCGGUGCCCGCCCCGCGCUGCAAGUUGAACAACACAUGGCGGGGGGAAAGCAGCACAGGGGACCUUUCCAGGGGGUCCGUGUGAAGAACUCGGUGAAGGAGCUCCUGCUGCACUUCAGGAGCAGCAAACAGAUGUCCUCGGGCUCCGCCACGGAGGAAAGCAAGGCACAAGGAGGAUUGGUGAACUACGAGCAGUACACAGCAGAGCUGAAAAGCAUACUAGGUCACAGUGGCAAAAGGAAGGCUCCUGAGCUCCUUUCUGAUGGACCUUCUUUCAAACGCCAAGCUACUAUUCACCCACACCUCCUGACGCCACCCCAGACACCAACUUCUAUGGAUAACAUGGAAGAGACUCAUAAAAAUGACCCAAAGCAUGACAACAAUUCUGAUCUGCUUCAGAGCAUUAUAAACAUCAAGAAUGAGUCGAGCCCCGUUUCUCUGAACACAGUGCAGGUUAGCUGGUUGCACACUGUCUCCACUCACAGCUCGCCCGGCGAGCAGUACCAGGACAGCCCGGGAACCCAGGCUUUUUCCCCGUCCCAGAAGUACCAAGCAUUCCAAGAUCACACCUCCCAGCAUAUGCUUGAUCCGCCGCAGCAUUACCAGUUCCCGCCGUCCCAGAACCAAGAUUUGUCACAGAGCUAUCCUUCGGACACCUCCCUGGAGUACAGGCCGUUUGCUGCCAAUGACCAGUCUCCUGGCUACCAGCAGAAUACCUUUGAGAGCCAUGAACUGCAGUACUGCCCCUCGCAGAGCUUCUCCUCCCUCUUGAACGACUCUGAAGGCUCGGAGGGCAUCUCCGCUCCCCUCCAGCCGCUCACCAGUGCCCACCCACAGGCUGAUGUCGGCCCCCACGCUCCGAACUUCAGCUUGCUUUCCGGUAACAUCUGUGGUCAUCUGGAGCGCAGUGUCUCUUUGGCUACUUUGAAUGUCUCUCUACCUGACCAAAACAUUGCCAGAAGCACAACGCAGCUGGGCAAGUCAUUUUUUCAAUGGCAAGUGGAGCAGGAGGAAAACAAACUGGCAAACAUCUCUCAAGACCAGUUCCUUGCAAAAGACUCGGAUGGAGACACCUUCCUUCACAUUGCGGUUGCCCAGGGCCGACGAGCUCUCUCCUAUGUUCUUGCGAGGAAGAUGGCUGCCUUGCACAUGCUGGAUAUUAAAGAGCACAAUGGCCAGAGUGCUUUCCAGGUUGCCGUGGCUGCCAAUCAGCAUCUCAUUGUGCAGGACUUGGUUAGCUUGGGGGCUCAAGUCAACACCACCGACUGCUGGGGUAGAACGCCGUUGCAUGUUUGCGCGGAGAAGGGGCAUGCCCAGGUCCUUCAGGCGAUCCAAAAGGGAGCCAUGGGAAGCAAUCAGUAUGUGGACCUUGAGGCAACAAACUAUGAUGGUUUGACAGCGUUGCACUGUGCUGUCCUGGCCCAUAAUGCCGUGCUGCAUGAACUGCAAAACAGUCAACCACCUCACUCCCCUGAGGUCCAGGAGCUUCUGCUGAGGAACAAGAGCCUGGUAGAAACCAUCAAGACUCUAAUACAAAUGGGAGCAUCCGUUGAAGCGAAAGAUCGCAAAAGUGGUCGCUCUGCUUUACAUUUGGCAGCAGAAGAAGCGAACCUGGAGCUCAUUCGUCUCUUUUUGGAGCUGCCCAACUGCCUCUCUUUUGUUAACGCAAAGGCUUACAACGGCAACACAGCUCUCCACGUGGCUGCCAGCCUGCAGUAUCGGGUGAGUCAGUUGGAUGCUGUGCGCCUGCUAAUGCGGAAGGGAGCUGAUCCGAGUGCCAGAAACUUGGAGAAUGAGCAGCCAGUUCAUCUGGUUCCUGAUGGCCUUAUAGGAGACCAGGUAAAAAGCAAAACAAAACAAGCAACCCUCUCCUUUGCUCCCAUCUGUCCCCACACAAAAGCCUUAUUCCUCUCCAAAAGAUUCUUUUGGUUUUUGAGUUGCAGCUUUUAAGGAAAAAAACUUAGCAAAUGCCAUUUUAUUCAGGGAUCUUUGGUUUUAAUAUCAGGAUCAGACAGACUAUACGAAUACCUGAAAUUACAGGUUUUACUUGUAGUUUUUAGUUUGUCGAUCUCAAAAGCUUUUUCCUGUCAAACUAAGGUUUUUUUCUUUGUAACCUUGUAAUAUCCCUUCUCUUGUUCAUCUCGGUAUUGCCUGAGAUCAUGCUUUUGUUGCUCUUGUCAUAAUUAGUAAUGGCAGUUCUUAGGCCUCAAUAACAAUUGAAGAAAAUCCCUUUUUCCUAGGAGCUAUACAAAUACAUGAUGAAAAAGGUGACUCUUGACCGAAGAAGCUAAUAACUUAAGCAACUGAGUAAUUCUGUUGCCUUUCCUUCAUCCAAAUGCUGUAAAAUUGGAUCAAUUCUGGUGUAACUGAACUCUGAACAUAGGCUCAGAUAAAUAAGGAAUGCAGAGCUGGGUCUAGGUGUUCUUUUUUUUUUUCAGAUGAUGACUCACUUUGGUAUGAUAAAUACUAAUGCUUUGUCUUUUUUCUCUUCUGCAGAUAAGACGUAUCCUAAAAGGGAAGGCGAUUCAGCAGAGAGUGUCGCCAUUUUAAGCUCCAUGUUUCUUGGAGUUCAGCAACUCACACUCACUGUCAGUCAGGCAGUCCUAAUGUAUCUGUAAAUAGACCAUUUGCCCAGUGUGGGCAAAUGUUAGUUGUUUCUAUGAAACAAAAGUAUUUUGUUCACUAUCAUAUAGUGGGUUAUAUAAGAGUAAAAAAAAAAAAAACGCAAACAAUCAAAUUCCUCCGAGCAAACGGGAAUAUUUCAUUCCUAAGUAUGUAGAACAUUCACCUGGAUACCUGGAUUUCAUAGCUACGGCAAGACUGAUGUUAUUUAAACAGCCAUGCAGAUAAAUUCUGGACAAGAACAAUUCUACAGGAAAUCUUCUUAGAGAGGGCUGAUACACGUCAACAUUGCAGAGUUGGUUUUUUUUGUUGUGCUAUUAAAAACACUUAAGUAUUAAGUGCUAGAGACAGCAAGUAUUUUUGAAGUUGAACGUUUAUUUAUGUAACUUUGUAGCUUUCUUCCAGUAUCUCAUGCAGGAUUGUAUAUAGUCACUGGCAUUAUUGUACAGCUGUAUAGUUCUAAGAAUCUAUUGAUCGCUUGGGGAAUGAACUGAAGAAACAAGUUCCUUGAUCUUGAACUUGCAAAUUGCAUGUAGAGUUUUAAUACUAUACUGGUGCAAAUUGGGUAAAUUCUGUUGUUUUGGAAGACUGAAGACUGAAAGUACAGUUAAGAUAGAUUGUCCCUAGCACUGAUUUGUGCGUGCUUUUGGAGUUGUUAAUAAAACAUGAAAAACCAUGCUUCUUCAGGGGACUGUAUCAGUUUUUCUUGUACCCAGUAGAGGUUUUUCUUUUGAUGGGACAAUACAUUAAGGGAGAAAGAUCAUGACUUCUAUAGCGUAUAUAACUUUGUACUUUAAGGAAUAUGAUCCUGAUUCAGUGAAAAUAUUUAGCAUGUGCUUAACUGUGGAUGCAUACUGAAAUUGUUCCAUGUUAAUUAUAAUACUUCAACAUGUGUAAGCCCCACUAGUCUCAGCAGGGCUUAAGCACGUGCAUAAGAAGUUUGCUGAAUUGGGCUCUAGUUAAUACUAGAGUCUUAGUGUUUUUCACCUCCUAAGCAGAGUUAGUCCAUUUAUGGUUUUACCUUAUAGGUAUAGUGGCUAGCCAAGUAAUAUUUGAAGUUAACAUUUUUCUAUUUUUUAAUAAUUAUGGGUAUUAAUGCAAAAUGUAUACUAAUGAUGCUAUAUACUUGUGUUCUGUUGGAGAAAACUUCUUCCUCCUAUCACUUUCUGAACGAUCUGUGCUGGGAUGUAAUCCAGUAAUAUGUUCUCUGUUUGGUCUUUGCUCUUAAACUGUUUCUGCAUCACGUGCAGUUUUCUGCCAUAACCAUUUAAUUAGUCUGAUCGUGCUAUUUUGACAAAGUAUGUCUUGUAGACAAGCUAAGUGAAAAAAAUCUGAUAUGCGGAGGCCUAGUUGCAAUGUAUUUCUUGAGGGGUCUCAUGUAACUUGUGUUUGAAUAAACAUGCUAGUUAAA